GUGGCUGUUAAAUUUUAAACUGCCAUGCACUCGGCUUCCAGUAUGCUGGGAGCGGUGAAGAUGGAAGGGCACGAGCCGUCCGACUGGAGCAGCUACUAUGCGGAGCCAGAGGGCUACUCCUCGGUGAGCAACAUGAAUGCCGGCCUGGGCAUGAACGGCAUGAACACUUACAUGAGUAUGUCGGCGGCCGCCAUGGGCAGCGGCUCCGGCAACAUGAGCGCGGGCUCCAUGAACAUGUCGUCGUACGUGGGCGCAGGCAUGAGUCCGUCGCUGGCCGGCAUGUCCCCCGGGGCGGGCGCCAUGGCCAGCAUGGGCGGCACGGCCGGGGCGGCCGGCGUGACGGGCAUGGGACCGCACCUGAGUCCGAGCCUGAGCCCCCUCGGGGGGCAGGCGACCGGGGCCAUGGGAGGCCUGGCCCCCUAUGCCAACAUGAACUCCAUGAGCCCCAUGUACGGGCAGGCAGGCUUGAGCCGCGCACGGGACCCCAAGACCUACCGACGCAGUUACACGCACGCCAAGCCGCCCUACUCUUACAUCUCCCUCAUCACCAUGGCUAUCCAGCAGAGCCCCAACAAGAUGCUGACUCUGAGUGAGAUCUACCAGUGGAUCAUGGACCUCUUCCCCUUCUACCGGCAGAAUCAGCAGCGCUGGCAGAACUCCAUCCGCCACUCGCUCUCCUUCAACGACUGCUUCCUCAAGGUGCCCCGCUCACCGGACAAGCCCGGCAAGGGCUCUUUCUGGACUCUACACCCCGACUCGGGCAACAUGUUCGAGAACGGUUGCUACUUGCGCCGACAGAAGCGUUUCAAAUGCGAGAAGCAGCUGGCCCUGAAGGAAGCCUCGGGUGCCACGGGCAGUGGCAAGAAGGCUGCCGCAGGGGCCCAGACCUCGCAGGGUCAGCUUGGGGAGGCAGCCGGGCCGGCUUCGGAGACUCAGGCUGGCACCGAGUCGCCCCACUCGAAUGCUUCUCCCUGCCAGGAGCACAAGCGAGGAAGCCUCGGGGAGCUGAAGGGGACGCCCACCGCAGCGCUGAGCCCCCCGGAGCCAGCGCCCUCGCCAGGGCAGCAGCAGCAGGCCGCGGCCCACCUGCUGGGUCCACCCCAUCACCCAGGCCUGCCACCAGAGGCCCACCUGAAACCCGAGCACCAUUACGCCUUCAACCACCCCUUCUCCAUCAACAACCUCAUGUCCUCGGAGCAGCAGCAUCAUCACAGCCACCACCACCACCAGCCCCACAAAAUGGACCUCAAGGCCUACGAACAGGUGAUGCAUUACCCGGGCUACGGUUCUCCUAUGCCCGGAAGUCUGGCCAUGGGCCCGGUCACGAACAAAGCGGGCCUGGACGCCUCUCCCCUGACUGCGGACACCUCCUAUUACCAGGGGGUGUACUCCCGGCCCAUUAUGAACUCCUCCUAAGGGAAGAGCUGCAGGCCAUUCUUGCCCUGACAAGGGCUGGAGUGAGAGGAAAGUGGGGUGCAGACUCUGAGGAAGGGUGUUGUCGAGAUGUGAGGGAGAGGAAAUCCACUAUGCCCCCUACCACAGAACAAGCCUUCUCUUCUCACCUUCUGCAGCUCUUCCCUCUGGAACAGAUGGGUCACGUUGAAUCACCCAGGCUAUAUAAGGAGGGAAAGAGGGGGAAAAUGGACGGUCAGAAAAAAAAAGAAAGAAAAGAAAAGAGAAACAACCUCCAUUUCCACUACUGUGUAGACACCUGCUUCUUUAAGCACCUACAAAAUUGCAAAAUCUGACUUUUUGUUGUUGUUGUUCUCCAUUGCUGUGUGUUGCAGGGAAGUCUUACUUUAUAAAACAAAAGACAACAAACUUUGUGAAUGACUCCGUGUAAAACGUAGUUUUAACAGAGAACCAGAGUUGUACUAUUGUUUAAGAAGAGGGGGAAAAUUAUGUAAGGGUCUAUUGUAAGUGACCAAGAAAAA